AUGAAUUCAGUUAAAGCCAAAUCACUUCAGUUGACACAAUAUAUUCUAAAUUUCAUUGAGCGUAUUCCAAAAUGUUGUUUAGUUGAAUCAAUAAAUCGAGAAUCAUUCGAAAUUGCUGAGGAAUUGAUUAAAUCGAACAAAUCACACUACCUAAACAAUGAUUCCCAGAUAAUAUCCGAAAUAAUUCAUAACUUAUGGUCAUACAAUAAUAAUAAAAAUCUCUUGGAAAAGUUACUUCUAAUCGCACUCGAAAAUGGUUUCUUCUGCAAUUAUAAAGAUAUUUUAAGAAAUUAUUAUAUUACACUCACAGAAAGAAUGGUAGAAAUAUUUAUUACAAAUAAGGAAUUUUACCAUAUUGAUUUAAGAAAAUUUUAUAAAGAUUUAAUAGAGAGCAACAAGGGUUAUGAUUUUAUCAUUAAAUUUCAUGGUGUGUUAUUUACUCAUGGAAUAGAUUUAAAUAACAUUUCUGCCUUGGAGUCUGCUUUAAAAAGACCAGAAAUAGUUACUUAUUGCUUAUCUGAAGGGAGAUAUAAUCAAGAAUCAAUUCAAAAUGCCAUUAUUUUGUUAACAAAUGAAUACUGCAGAAAUUACCCCUUAAUUAUUUCUCUUAUCAAUUCUUUGGAUGACUGUAAUGCUUUAUGUAAGGAUGGAAUCCCAAUCUGGAUUAAAGUUAUUAAAAACUAUCCUUAUUCUGUGUUUCAAAAAUUAAAAAGCUUAAAAGAUUAUCAAGGAGUUCCUUACAUGAUAUAUGUUGUAUUGCAAUACGAUGUUAGAAAUUAUGAAUAUAUAAUUCGUGGUAAUGGUUUUUUAGGUAAUAGAAACUACGGUUUUACUCCUCCAAUAAUUGAAUCAAGAAUUAAUUUAAAAAAAGCAAUUCGCUUUGGACUUGAAAAUAAUUAUAACAAUUUCCUUGAUUUUCUCGAUCACUAUCUCAAUAUCAAGGAUAUGAUUGCAGAAAUUCAACAAGAGAUGAACUCUGAAGAUAGAAUAAUAAUUUUUGAAUAA